AUGUCAGAAGUCAUUCAUUCCUCAAUCAGUUCGCAAGAGACUAACAUCUCAGAACAUACUAUUUCUGAAGCAGCUCGGCCUAAGAUAAAAUUUGAUAAUUCUGUGGCACACUAUGAGAUUCAUGCACAUCAACCAUACGUGUCAUCAGCAUUUAAUAACAGUGACGAGAUUCGAAUUGCAGUUCAACAUCAAGACUUGUACAUUCUUCCCUCUAAAAGUACUCUACACGUCACUGGAAGAAUUGUUAAGCCUAACAAUACGCUUGUAACUAAUACAAAGUUAAUUAGCAAUGGUAUUUCCUACCUGUUUAAUGAGAUUCGUUAUGAAUUAAAUGGUGUUGAAAUUGAUCGCUCCAAAAAUGUUGGUAUUACAACCACAAUGAAAAAUAUAAUUUCUCAAACACCUAAUCAAAUGAUUUACUCUGAAAAUGCUGGUUAUCUACCUUAUGAUGAUGAUGAUAGCAGAGUAACAAAUGAUGCUGGAUAUUUUGAUGUAAAUAUUCCACUAAGUAUGAUUAUUGGUUUUGCUGAAGACUAUCGAAAGAUUGUUGUAAAUGCAAAACAUGAACUUAUUUUAACAAGAUCUCGUACUGAUCUAAAUGCUGUAGUAAACAUUGAAGCAGCAGAGCGUGAAGAAUUUAAAAUUAUUAUUAAUAAAGUUGAAUGGUUGAUUCCAUAUUUAAUGGUAAAUGAUCGACAAAAAAUUGAAUUAUUGAAAUUCAUUGAAAAAGACUCACUUAUAACAAUGAGUUUUAGAUCAUGGGAUUUGUAUGAAUAUCCUAUGAUUCCUGCCACUCAAAAGCAUGUGUGGACUGUAAAAACUUCAACACAAGUUGAAAAACCUCGAUAUAAAACUAUGAAGAUAUUGCAAAGUUGA